GUACAUUCGAGUGUUUGUUCGUCGUAUACAUUUUUCGUUAGCAAUCAUUGUUGAUAUUGUUAGCCGCCCCAGAAAUUAGACUAGAGAGAGAAAAAAAAGAAGGGCCCCAUCAGCCAGACAACCAAAAUCAAAACCCGAUACGUCAAAACCUAAAUAAGCUUUUAACCUUUUCUGCAACCGUCCUUUCAAAUUCCAUGGAUUCGCAAAAGUUGACCCCUCCUCACCACGCCAUGACUCCACCACCGGAAUCACCUUUGGCAUCGUUCUACUACAACCAAUUCAGAAGUGUCAGUCCUUCCACUUCGUCUGUUGCGUCCAGUUACCAAUCCUCCAGUAUCACACCACCAUUCCAACAUAUACAUGCUCAUCCUCAUGCACAACCACAAAUCUCGCCCUUGGGCUACCCUGUUUACCCUCACAACAACAUUAUGAUUGGAAGUCAUCAAAGUCUCCAUAAUGAUAUCACUCCUUCAUCUUCAAUAGCGUCUUCUCCCAAAGUAUUUUCCGCAUCAGACUUGCUAUUAGACCAAAUUUCCCCUGUUUCCUCUAUCGAUACCACAUAUAUUAAGCAAGAGUUUCAAGAACCUAGGAUGAAAGUGGCAAAACCUUCUAAAAAGCUGAGCCAGAAGUCAAAGACCCCAAGAUCAAGAUUUGGAUGCGAAGAAUGUAAAUCCAAGAGAAUUAAGUGUGAUGAAACCAAACCUCAUUGCUCAAGAUGUCUUUCAAAAGGAAUAAACUGUCGUUAUAAGAUUCAACUUCAAUUCAGAGAAGAUUUGGAAUUAAGAGGAAAGAAGUUUGGCAGAGAAGGUGUUUGGU